AUGCGGAAUAGCCGUUUACUAGUCAUCCUCUUGGCCAAGGCCUUGGCUCAGAAGCGGUUCCGCUCUCUUCAGGAGGUCACUGCCACCAGCAGUACCUCCACAGCGACCACCACCAGUGACCCCUGCAUACUGGCACAAACUGCAUGUGACUGUGCAGAUGGUGGAAUCUGUGGAUGGAGUGCCUUCGCUGAUGGAGGUGGUAUUUGCCAUAAUCGAGGUAGACCUACGGAAAUCGAUUGCUUUCUUUGCGAGAGGCAGCAGAAAUGUGCUUCGACGAUGUGCCCUCAAAUGGACAAUGCCUGCACCUGUGCAGCAGCUGCGGGUUGUGCUUGGGACAUGGGUUUCGGUCAAUGUGUCGCUUCCACCGAAGCCACGGACUGCCGUGCUUGUCCCUCACGUGCGGGGUGUGACUUGGACCCACCGGUGCUCUUCCAGAAUGGCUUCAGCCCUGCGAAUGGAGGCUCCCACAGCUCCGGCUCUGAUCUGCGGAUUGUCUUGCAGUUUAACAAGGUAGUGACCUGGUGUCCUGGCACCGUCAUGGACGAGGUGGUUCCACGGACGUACAUGCAGUUCUCCACUGCAUCCUUGACCAUUGAUAUGUCUUGGUACUUGUCUCAAGUAGCUCUGGAAAGCGAAAGUUUCCAGCUACUGGACGAAGUCGGCCCCACUCUGGUGAACUUUGAUCCUGACAGCAUGUCUGUCCCAGUGCCGCUGGACGGCUCGGUGAAUCUGCUGUGGAGUGAGCCGAUUAUCCUGACGCUUGGCGAACGAACUGUGGACAACACGGGUGCGACCACCGUGGUACAGAGCUUUUCCAUCCCGCUGAAGGAGCCCGAAGCGGAGAUCAUCUCAUCUUCCCUGCUGAGGAUUUAUUUGAAUGGCCUCCUCAGGACUUGGCUGGAAACUUGGGGGGAAGGCCUUCCUGCACAGGCCUUCAAUUUCCGCGCGGCAACUGCAGGAACGGUCCCAUCGACCCAAGUUCCAACCAGUAGCAAUGCUGUGGGAAUCGUGAUCUUGGUUGUUUGCGUGACUGUCUUUUGCAUCCUCGCGGGCGGGAUUGGGCUGGUGAAGCUCUGUCGCUCACACGCGGAUGCCUUACAUAGCUUUAUGCCAAAGAUGCCUAAACCAAAAGCACGCAACCCAAGCCGUGCAGUGGAGCCUUCCCAAACGGACACCAAAGCUCAAUUUGCAGCAGUCGCUGCUGCAGCAGAGAAUGCUGCGUACCGUGCGGCUGCCGCAGCCGAGCGCUUGCGCGGAGACGAUGACACAAAGCCUGCCACAAGUGCAAGUGCUUCGUGGGCGCAACGACCGAGCAAGGCUCCCAGCGCAAACCCAAAGGCUGGACCCAAAGUUCAUCCAGAGAGAGAUGGCUUCAAUGCUGGCCGUGCACGGAGAUCAACGGCGCCCACUGGAGAGAGCCAAGGUCUUACUUCAUAUCACUUGCUGCAGGCCCGGGACAUGGGGGGCAACGAAAGCAACAAGGCUCCUCCGCCGGAGAGCAACUUGCCUCCAGAGGUGAAGGCAGUUGAAAAGAAAUUGCACGAUCUAAUGGACGAACCUAUUGCCACCAGACGGAAGCUCUUCAAGGACGGGGCGGCAAGGCCUCGUGAGCUAAAGCGCUUAGAGAAAGAGUUGCAGGAUAUUCGCGCUCUUGCGAAAGAUGGGAAGGAGGCUCAGGUAUCAGCAGAUUCUGUUGAGAAUGACCUCACACAUUGGAAGGCUUGGCUGAAGGGUUGGUUGGCAACCCUGGCCUUUGCGCGACAGUUGAAGCAGAGCAAAGCCUUCCAGGCCCAAGUUCGAGUCGAUGAGCUCCUGAAGGAAUACUCCGAAGAACGGGACAAAAAGCGUGCUGCUCUGGAUCAGGCCUUUACUCCAGAUGAGGUCGAUUUCUCCGCAUCCAAAGCCUUCGACUAUGACCGAUCUGUGAACUACUAUGAGGUCUUAGGUAUUGACGAAUACGAGCCUUUGGACGAAGUGAAUCGCGCUUACAAGCGGCUCUCCCUCGUCUAUCAUCCUGACAAGACGAAGGGAAUGUCCUCACAGCAGCAGCAGGACUACGAGACCAUUUUCAUCUCGGUGAAGAAUGCCCAUCUUGUCCUAGGCGACCAGGCCACCCGACGGCAGUACGACAAGGACCGAGAUCAUGAUCGAGCAAAAGAGCUAGUCAGUGGCGUUAAGGCCCAAAAAUCCCAACAUGUUGACCUCACAGAGGUGCUGAAACGCAUCAGUGAGAUGCAAAGGCCUCCUGGGAAGAAUGUGGAGGUGACUCUGCAAAUGGAGUUGGAGCACUUCUUCUAUGGUGUACACAAAGUGAUUCCAAGGAACCGACGCGUCAAAGACUUCUACGCGGGUAUGGUGACACAGGAGCAUUUGUACCGACUUCAUGUGGAACGAGGGGCUGCAGAACCGGUGGAGAUCUCCUUCAAGGUCACUGGCCGAAGUUCCUGGGGCGGGGAUCACGGACACGGUUUCAGGAGCAAGGAGAUCACAAUGCUGAUGCUCGCCCUGACACUGUGA